AUGGCUUCGUCAAACCGGUCUUACAAUGACGCGAUUGAUGCGCUCAACUCACUUCAGACGCCUUAUGAUAUAAUUGAAGCUCGUCGUAAGGCUGGAAUAAAGCCAAAUGCCGUGUCCAUCCAGGAGAUGAAGACGUAUCUUCAUCGUAUUGGAUAUACUCCAUCCGAUUUGGACAAGCUCAACAUAGUACAUGUAGCAGGAACUAAAGGCAAAGGAAGUACUUGCGCCUUCGUCGACUCUAUCCUCUCUCAGUACCAGCACACCAGAGGCACGCCCCGCAAAACCGGCCUCUUCACAUCCCCUCACCUCAUCGCUGUCCGCGAGCGCAUACGUAUCAACUCGGCCCCAAUCUCAGAAGAUCUCUUCGCAAAAUACUUCUUCGAAGUCUGGGAUCGUUUGGAAUCCGCACCAAAGGAUGAAGCGGACAAGCUUAUGCCUCCUCGACCCAUCUAUGCUCGCUAUCUAACCCUGAUGAGCUGGCAUGUCUUUCUCCAAGAGGGCAUCGACGUUGCCGUGUAUGAAACGGGUAUUGGAGGGGAGUUCGAUGCUACGAAUGUCGUUGAGAAGCCAGUAGCUUCAGGGAUCAGCACACUAGGUAUUGAUCAUGUCUUCGCCCUGGGCGAUACUGUAGCCAAAAUUGCAUGGCAUAAAGCAGGUAUCAUGAAGACAGGCAGCGCGGCUUUCACCAUCGAGCAAGUACCGGAUGCGGAUGAAGUGCUCAGAAAAAGAGCCGAGGAGAAGAGCGUGGAUCUGAAAGUCCUCGAUGUUGACCCUCGACUAAAUGCCAUCAAGAUUCGACCAGACGCCAUCUUCCAGAAGCGCAAUGCCACACUAGCCAUUACCCUUGCUGAAACGGCACUGGAGAAGAUUGGCAUUGAUCUCUCACCGCGCUCCGAACCUUUGCCAAAGGAAUUUGUGGACGGUCUUGAGAAGGUUGUGUGGAGGGGUAGAUGCGAGGUUAAGAAGGAGGAUAAGGUGACAUGGCAUGUUGACGGAGCUCAUACCUCUGACAGCCUUAAGAUGUCUUCCAAGUGGUUCCAAGAUGAGACUUCAGGACGCACCGGUCCUCGUGUUAUGAUCUUCAACCAACAAGGCCGCUCUGAAGCCGCUGGCUUCCUAGAGUCCGUUUUCAAAGCUACCAAACGCGAUGGACAGCCUGCUUUCGACCAUGUGAUUUUUUGCACAAACGUCACAUAUGCUGACUCCGGUUACAAGCGAGACUUUGUCAACCACCAGUUCGAUCCUAGCGAAAUUGAUAAGAUGACGGUUCAGCAUAAGUUUGCUGAGAAAUGGACAGAACUUGACCCAAGUGCUGUCGUCAAGGUUAUGCCAACUAUUGAGCAGUCUAUUGAAUACACUAGACACAUCGGAGAGGAUCUACCAGAGGGCGAGACGGUGCAGGCACUCAUUACAGGCAGUUUACACCUUGUCGGUGGUGCUCUGGGAAUAUUGGAGAAAGCCGAUGCUCUAUAA